UUCCGAGGGAGGGACAACUAAAAACACGAUUAAUUCUUACCCCUAAGUUGAUUAAUCAUAUACUUGUAUAAGUAUUUUUCCUGAAAAUUUAGAGGGACUUGAGAGAGCAAAGCAAAGCAAAGUAUUUCCGACCCUGCCGUCGACCUCUCUUUCGCGCUCGCUUGCUUAGGAAGCCAUGACCAGCUCCUCUGCCGCUUCACGCAAGGCUUUAAGCAAGAUCGCCUGCAAUCGGCUCCAGAAAGAGCUUGUGGAGUGGCAGGUCAAUCCCCCGGCCGGUUUUAAACACAAAGUCACUGAUAAUCUUCAGAGAUGGGUCAUCGAAGUCAGCGGAGCCCCAGGAACUCUUUACGCCAAUGAAACAUAUCAGCUCCAAGUUGAUUUUCCCGAGCAUUAUCCUAUGGAAGCACCACAGGUGAUUUUUAUCCCUCCAGCUCCUCUGCAUCCCCACAUUUAUAGCAAUGGCCAUAUCUGUCUAGAUAUUCUAUAUGAUUCAUGGUCUCCAGCCAUGACUGCUAGUUCCAUCUGUAUCAGCAUUCUCUCUAUGUUAUCGAGUUCCACUGUGAAGCAACGCCCAGCAGAUAAUGAUCGCUACGUGAAGAACUGCCGGAAUGGCAGAUCUCCCAAGGAGACGAGAUGGUGGUUCCAUGAUGAUAAAGUGUAAUGACGUAACAAAUAUUUAUCAACUAUGUAUAAAAAGAUAAAAAGAAGGUUUUUGAUUUGGAAUACUAUUUAAUCAAUGUUAUUGUUGAAAGAGGGGGGGAACCCCUUUGCACA